AUGUCCAGCAGAAUACUUCGUCGUCCUGUCAUAUCAUCCUUAACAGAUAUUUCCCGGAACUAUAGUCCACUUCCAGCUGAUCCAUUAGCACGUUUUCAAAAAAUAUCAGAAAAUUGUCCUGAGAAACCAAAAUUCCUCAUAACAGGAUCUCUUGGUCAACUAGGUCGAGGAUUGAACACUGUGUUUAAAUAUAUGUAUGGCAAUGACAGCGUGUUGAUGAGUGAUAUAGUUAAAGUACCAGCCGACGCUGCAGAUGUUACUAACUUUCAAUACAUCGAUAUCUUGAAUCAAGGAGCCAUUGAGGAAGCCAUUGUGAAUCAUAGGAUUGACACUAUAAUACAUUUCUCAGCGCUGCUUAGCGCCGUUGGUGAGCAGAACGUUCCAUUAGCUUUGCAAGUGAAUUGUCGAGGAGUUGAGAAUGUUCUUGAAGCUGCAAGGAAAUAUCGUCUCAAGGUUUUCAUUCCUUCAACCAUCGGAGCAUUUGGACCAACUACUCCUCGUGACAACACUCCUGAUCUUACAAUUCAAGUUCCGACAACUAUUUACGGAGUUUCUAAAGUUUAUGCCGAACGUCUCGGCGAAUAUUAUCAUUCCAAAUUCGGUUUAGAUUUCCGUUGCUUGCGAUUCCCUGGUAUCAUUUCAGCAACUAAACCGGGAGGUGGAACUACUGACUAUGCCAUCCAAAUAUUCUACGAUGCACUCGAAAAGGGACAUUUUACUUGUUACCUCAAGCCUGAUACUGUCCUUCCAAUGAUGUAUGAUACCGAUUGUAUGGCAUCAGUAGCUCAGUUUCUGUCUACUCCUUCUGAAGCUCUCCCUUAUCGAACUUACAAUGUUACUGGCUUCAGCUUCACCCCCGAACAAAUUGCUGCUGAAAUAAGAAAACAUAUUCCGCAUUUUGAAAUUGACUACAAAAUAUGUCCAAUUAGACAAGCUAUAGCUGACUCAUGGCCAAGAUCUCUUGAUGAUACAGGUGCCCGACGAGAUUGGGAAUGGAACGUUGAAUAUAAACUUGAAGAAACAACACAGGUUAUGCUUGCACUCAUUCAAAGGGACCUUAACAAGCAGCAAACAUCUAUGGCAGCAUCAGCUUAA